AUGGGCGGACCGCGCUUCCCUGCCGCCAUGGCUGCGCACGUCAACGAGUACUUCCACCCCGCUGCUCCUGUCCAGGCCGAGGACAUUAUUACCGCGUCGGGCCUGACCGCCAUCCACGAGUUGGUUGGAUACAGCCUGGCCGAUCCCGGCGACGGCAUUCUGGUCAGCCGGCCGGUCUACGGCCGCUUCGAGCUGGACUUUGGCAACACGUCGGGUCUGCGCAUGGUCUACGCCGACAUGGACGGCAUCGAUCCGUGCUCGCCAGCGGCCGUUGCCAAGUACCAGGAACGACUCGAUGCGUCCACAGCCGAGGGCAUCCCGAUCAAGGCCGUCCUCAUCGUCAACCCCAACAAUCCAUUAGGGCGUGCCUACCCGGCCGACACACUGCGGGCGCUGAUGGCCUUUUGCGAAACGAACAAGAUUCACCUCAUCAGCGACGAGGUAUAUGGCCUCUCGACAUACAGCCUGGAUGAUGGACAUGAUGUGCCCUUCACCUCUGUGCUGUCCUUUGAUUCCACCAAUCUUCUCGACAAAGACAGGCUGCACGUCUUGUACGGAAUGAGCAAGGAUUUUGCUGCUGCCGGGCUCCGACUGGGUAGCUUGAUCACCCGCAAUCGCUCUUUGCGCAAAGCCGUAGCGUGCAACAUGCGGUUCCACAAUCCGUCUGGCAUAUCCGUUGCGAUCGGGACGGCCAUCCUCGAGGACCGAGAAUUUGUCGCGUCCUUUGUUCGUCUGUCGCAAGAAAGGCUCCGGGACGGCCACCUCCACACCGCCAAGGUGCUGGACGCCGCCGGCAUCAAAUACGAAAGAGGGAACGCUGGCUUCUUUCUUUUCAUCGAUCUGGCUCCGUGGCUCGAACACGCCGAGCCAGGACAGAAUCGAGAAUUCGUCCUCGCGCAAAAGCUGCUCGAUGCAGGCGUCGGCCUCCACCCCGGCGAGGAGCAUGCGGAGAGAGAGGGCCAGUUCCGACUUGUCUUCAGCCAAGACAGGGAGACGCUCCAAGAAGGCCUCAGGCGGUAA